AUGAUGCCCUCGGGUCAACAUCAAAACUUUCAGGCGCAGAAUGCCUCUGAUUUUCAGAAUGCAAAUCACUCUCAUCAACUGUUAGCACAGAAUACCCCGCCCCUUGAUGUAUUAGGAACGCCUAAUCUUGAAGGAUUCGAGUUUCCCUAUGUAUUCGGGGAGAAUACCGUAACUCCAGGUGAGCUGAAGUUGGAUAGCACUUCAGAUCCAUUUAAUCUCGCGAAUUCUACCGAACAUGGAGAUUCCAUAUCAUCUAUACCUCCCAUGCAUCGAAAUGGUUAUGGCAGCAUAUCUGGACCAACGGCUCGGCAUCCUAGCUUUAGUGGGGGGUCAGAUGAAGCAAGUCCCACAAGCAGUCGAAUGGUAGGAAAUUUUCACCAAGGCGAUACCCCUAUGGUGGAUGAUCUCAAGACGAAUACAGGAGGUUCUGGGGAUGGCAGCGAAGAGAAAGGAAAGGACAAACCUGAAUUAGCACCUGCGUGGACUGAACUCAAAACUAAGGCAGGUAAAGAGCGAAAAAGAUUGCCACUGGCUUGUACAGCAUGCCGAAGAAAAAAGAUUCGUUGUUCAGGAGAGAAGCCUGCAUGUGUAAAUUGCACCAGGUCGAAAAUUCCUUGUGUGUACAAGGUCACGACAAAAAAAGCGACGCCAAGGACGGAUUACAUGGCAAUGCUUGACAAGAGGAUAAAGCGAAUGGAAACGCGCAUCAUGAAUACUAUGCCAAAGGAAGAACAAAAAGAACAAACUGGCACGCUCACAUUAGCAAGAGCUAAUGUUAAGCCCCCAAUUCCGGGAACGUUACCAUCUAAAAAUUCUGCUGGAAAAAAACGACCCGCAGAAGAAGCAUUUGGGCCAGAUUUGAAUGAUUGGUCGAAGUCGACGAUUAAGCCUUCGAAGGAGAAUGUGAAAGCGGCUUUGAAAUCCAAGGUUGUAUCAGCACAGGAAGACGCAGAAAGCAAACUCCUGAAAGAUGGCAAAGAUAAGCUACCUUCGCGAGAGCUUCAAGAGCACUUGGCAGAGGUAUUCUUCGAAAAGAUUUAUGGCCAGACAUAUCACUUACUACACAAGCCAAGCUUCAUGAUGAAAUUAAAGUCCGAAGUACUUCCUCCUGUCCUAGUGUUAGCCGUCUGUGCUUGCGCAGCUCGAUUUUCCGACCAUGUGGAAUUGACUACAGCACCGCCCUUCCUAAAAGGGGAAGAGUGGGCUUCUGAAGCUCGCGAUAUUGUUUUGAAACGAUACGACUUUCCAAAUAUCACAAUUUUGACGUGCCUGCUUAUUUUGGGGUUUCAUGAGUUUGGCACUUGUCACGGCGGUAGAAGCUGGGCAUUGGCAGGGCAAGCAAUCCGGAUGGCAUAUGCUUUACAACUACAUAAAGAUCUUGACUACGACCCUCAGAAGCCGAAGCUUGAUGAGAAAGGCAAUGCGGUGAAACUCAGCUUCAUCGAUAGGGAAAUCCGACGAAGAACAAUGUGGGCAUGCUUUCUCAUGGAUAGGUUUGAAUCUUCUGGAACUGGUCGACCAACAUUUGUCAAAGAAGGAACUCUUGAGAUUCAGUUGCCUGUGAAGGAGAACAUGUUUCUGCUCGACAUUCCAGGAUCAACAGAAAGUCUCCACGGGGAGGUUGUACAUCAGAGCACGCCUAGUGGUCCAAGAUUGGCUAGCCCCAGACAAAAUUUAGGUGUAGCAGCAUAUGUGAUUCGAUCAAUUGCACUGUAUUCUAAUAUUGUCACUCAUUUCAAUCAAGGUGGUUUCGACAAAGAUCCAUAUCCUAUAUGGUCACCGGAAUCGAAGUACUCUAGCCUAGUCAAGAAAUUGAAGGAAUUUAAAGAAGCUAUGCCAAAAGAGAUGGUAUAUAAUGCCGAAAAUCUUAGUUCACACCGAUCCGAGGGACUAGCAAAUCAGUUCAUAUUUCUUUACAUUGUCAUUGAACAAUCUAAUCUAUUCCUCGAUCACUAUCCGGUAAUUUUAGAACGGAAUGGGCCUCGAUCCGAUGCUCCCAAAGAAUUCAUAACUCAACAAGAGUCCAAAUCGAUAGAAGCAGCCGGUCGCAUCGCUGGACUCAUCGAUGACGGAAAAUCUUUGUCUCUCACUGCACCUUUCGUUGGGUAUUGUGCAUUCUCGGCCAGUAUGCUUUUAGUCGGCGGUAUCUUUUCGGGGAAUCCUAGUUUGGAGGAGUCUUCUAGGAAGCACCUUACAAUUACUCUGAGAUACAUAACAAUGAUGAAGAAACAUUGGGGCAUGUUUCACUCGUUAUCGGAAACUCUCAGAAGUCAUUAUAAAGCAUGUGCAGACAAAGUUAUUGCUGGUUCGAGUAACGACUCGAGGUCAAGCAUUCCUCAAUACGGAGACUGGUUUGAUAAAUUCCCACAUGGUGUAUCACAGUCUGACUUUGAAGAUCCUGCUGCAGCUGUCAAGAAAGAAAAAGGGGACGAUGCUGUUCUCGAACAGAAGUCGGACUUGAAGACUGUGGCGAAUUACGUCAAGGAUCUACCCACCGCCUCCCCCAAACAACAACCAAAUUCCAAGCCGGCAAAGCAAAAGGCAAAAAGAACACAAUCUACAUCACAGUCUUCACGUCCCCCACAGCUGGAUACCAUGCAAGCCAUGCCUUCUGAUAUGCAAGCUUCACAUCAAGGAAUGCAGGUAUCGACCCCAUCAUCCUCUCAUCCACAGAUGACAUCUCAACAAGCACCUCAAAAUUCAUAUAACCAAAGUAUUAUGUCACCAGCUGCUCUCUAUCCGCCACCACAGUAUGUUAAUCAUCACGACCUUCUCAUGCGGUCGCAGCGAUCGCAACAACCGCACAAUAUAGGCCAGCGGCAACUUAAUGAAGUUUUAGGAUUCGAUUACACGACAAUGGAUCACUCGGCUAUGAAUGGCAAUGGUUUGCAUGGUGGUGUCAUGAACGGCAAUAGUAUGAAUGGCAGUAUAAAUAAUAGUGGUACACCAGGCACGAAUCAUAAUGGCGAUGGAUCAAUGUUGAAUUGGGGAGAUAUUGGCCUGGGCGGAAUGGGAAAUGGUUAUGAUAUGCUGGGUCUUGAGAAUGGAAUGCCUAACGCAUGGUAUCCACCUUUUAAUCUGAGUCCGCCUCCUAUCAAUGUGGACGGAAUGAACGAUGAUGCAUUUGGAGGCAAUUCUGUUGGAGGAGAGUUCGAAAUGAGAAUGGGUGGUCAGGGUAUGAUGGGUAUGAAUAUGGGUGGGGUAGAUGGAGGUGGUGGUAUGGGUGGGCAUUGA